AUGUUGAAAAUAACGGCAAUUGUUUCGCUCAUGCUUAUCGCGACAUGGUCGCAGGCUGACUCAAAACGUCAUAAAAAGGAAGCGACAGCCUCAACCGAUUUCUCUUCAGGUAGCACAUUGUGGGCAGCCAGCCUGUCCUGCGACUCGUGUGGAAGCGAGUGUGCAUCUGCUUGCGGGACCAGGCACUUCCGAUCCUGCUGUUUCAAUUAUCUUAGGAAGAAACGGGGCCCUGAUACCCUCAAGUAUUUAGCUGCCAACCAAGAUGUGAAAGAAAGCCAGCCAAGGUCUAAACUUCCUAUGUUCGUAGUCGAAAACAUUCCCGUACCAGAACAAUGGAUCUCGAACAUGUUGUCAAACGAAAAUCACCCUUACUCAAUAGAAGAUUUGGUCGAGAAUCGCGUUUACGAUGCUUAGAGCACUUUCUGAACUUGAAACAUGGAAAUAUUUUAAAUGACUGAUUUUGUAUUUAUAUUGUAGAUAUUUAUUGUAAAAAAUUUAUGAAAAUUAUGAGUAUAAAAAAUAAAACAUACUCCAACUGUUUUUUUA